UCAGAGACGAAGAGCGGCCGAGCGGGCAAUGUCUUCCAAGAUCAAGGAUGGACUUUUCAUGGGGGACAUGGAUGCAGCCCAGGAUGCAGAUUUCCUACAACUGAAUGGGAUCAUGCAUAUUAUCAAUUGUGUGCCCCGUCAAGUGCCCAACAUCUUCCAACAGAGUUUGGGCUUGUCGUACACGGUGUGCGACCUGGAGGACGUCCUACGACGACCUUUCUUCAAUCUCAAGAACCGCGAGUUCACGCAGAUCAUCCAGCUUAUCGAUCGAGCUUUGGAGCGGACCGAAAGUGUGCUGGUGCACUCGUUAAAUGGAACCAACCGCAGUCCAAGUAUCAUGAUCGGGUACCUGAUGGUGAGAUACUGUUGGGGGUUAGAUAAAGCGCACGAGUUUGUGAUGACCAAACGUGCGGACAUGAAGCUGCACGAGUCGUACAUUGACCAGCUGUGCUCACUAGAAGCGCAAGUUCAAGAGGAUCGUCCAGCACGCGCAACGGAACGCCAGCUGUACGAGUGGAGUACACAUGCGGCAGAUCCAACGACGGAUGAGGUUGUGCUCAUUCACACAUUCCUGAACACUGCCGCUACUCCUGAUGCAAAUACUGCCCCAGAGCGGCGACGAGAUACAAGCAAACGGCAUCGCGAGCGUCGACUGACUUGGAUUGAUCAAACCCCUGAAAUGAGGAAACUGCAUCCAUCAUUGCUCGUUCGACCGGAACGUCCUCCCAACAAUUCCUACAACAAGAUGACGGCGGCAAACGGGUGGGUGGACUUGCUAGAUCCUUCGCCAGUACUUGCCCACCAAGCUAAAAUCAAGGUAGAUAGGUAUGUGGACGAGCCGGACAUCAAGCGUCUCCAUUCUUUUUCUGCGCCAAAGAGGACUGUGGUGUUAGACGACGAGGUGUCAUCGUCUCCAUCAACGGCCAGCGAAGAGCUCGACUUCAUGCCAGAAGUGUCCAAUCCUCGGUAUCUUCGCGGAACUGUAUCAUCUACCAACUCUCGGCCACGGCGUCUUUCAAGUACUGUUCCGACUGCUUCAAAGCGGUCAACGACUUCAACUAAGCGACGCGUGUUCUUCAGCGCCGACUUCCCACCUCCGUCGUCCUCGACAACACGAACUCGCAAUGGCCACAUUCUGAUGGGCUCAACACGACUCUCAACGACCGAUCCGCUGUCUCAUGCUUCUGCACCGACACGCCCUCGAACGGCACCGCCGCGUAUCCGCACAGACGUCGAAACGAAGGAUUUGUUGCAGAGCAAGAAGGUCGAACUGGGCGGAUUCAGCCGUAUCACCAUCGAUCCGAAGACAUCCUCCUCGACGCGUGGUACGCGACGGACGUCAGCAUCCAAUGCCACUGGCUAUGGCCGGCCCAAAACAGCUCGAGCUUCGUGGCGGUAG